AUGAGAGAAUUCAAAGAAUUGGAAACCUGUAUGAAAAGUAGUGCAAAAGCCUCACCUAAAAUUAGGGAAACCUUUUGCCUAGCUCAAAAUGCUGCUCUACAUCCAAGAGCACCUCUCUAUGAUCCAAGAAAACAUGCGAAUUCAGUCAUCAACUUGUGUUUACUCAAAUUGUGUGAUGUAAUAAGGAUAACAUAUUUGACAACAAAGAAUUACACAAGAUUCAACCAUAUCACUUGUGAGGGAUUCCUCUAUUUAGAUACCUGUGUCAUUCAAAGUGGAAGAUUAGGAAUAGUUUGGUGUGUAUUAAGAGUAUUUGGAUAUGGUGAUGAUCUCACAGUAAGUGAAACAUUUUUACCCCAUGGGUUCACUGAAAACUUGACCUGUACCUCUUUUCAACUAUAUUUAUUCAGAACUUUUUUUGGGAAGAUCCAAUAUUCCAAAAGAAUGUUCAGUCAAACUUAG